AAAUUUUGCCCCAAUGAUCAAAUAUAUUUUGGCUUCAACUUAUAAUUGGCCUCGUUGGAUAGUAUAGCUACCAUCGCGCGAUUGAUAUGAACCCGUGAUUUUUGAGUUCCAAAAGGAAAGAAAACAUUUCAAAAGGGGGGAAGAGAAGCAAGAAAGAAAAGUCGCCUCCCACAGAGGCGCAUCGCUGACAUCCGCGCUCACAAGGGUCGUCGAGUUCUCGAGUGGAGUAGCCACCGGUCGUCCCCAACGUCAGGCGGCGGCGAUGGCGGCUCCUCCCGCGCCGCCCCACGCCGCCGCGAGCCCCCGCGCGGCGCGGCUGCCCGGCGCCGCUUGUCCGCGCCCGUUGAGAGCCGCCGGCUUCUUCCCCUCCCGCCCGCGGCCGGCGGCGCUGGCCGCACGCGCCGGCGCGGGGCCCUCGCGGUGCCUGGCCGCCCCCGCCGCGGCGCACCGGAGCAAGCUGAUGGGGUCGCUGACCAACGCCGAGGGGCUCAGGUUCGGAGUGGUUGUGGCAAGAUUCAACGAGGUUGUUACAAACUUGUUGCUGCAGGGAGCCCUGGAGACAUUCGAGCGGUACUCUGUCAAACCAGAAGAUAUAACAGUUGUUAGUGUUCCUGGAAGCUUUGAAGUUCCUAUAACAGCACAACAGCUUGGGAAGUCUGGAAAAUUUGAUGCGGUUCUAUGCAUUGGAGCUGUGAUUAGAGGUGACACAACCCACUAUGAUGCUGUUGCAAACUCAGCUGCAUCAGGGGUACUCAAUGCUGGAUUAUCUGCCAGUAUUCCUUGCAUAUUUGGUGUUCUAACUUGUGAAGACAUGGACCAGGCGCUAAACCGGGCUGGUGGCAAGGCUGGAAACAAGGGCGCUGAAGCUGCUAUCACUGCUAUUGAGAUGGCCUCUCUGUUUAGGCAUCACUUAUGCUGAAGCUCCGUUCUGGUUUCUGCAAGGAGACAAACCUCUCCGAUAGUCUUGGCUAGUAGGUUUUUUUUUUGCAACAGUCUUAGGGUUUAGGCUGCUGUUCUAAUGUCCAGAUCUGUUGUUCCGGGUGCUGAUUGGUUGCUUCCUUGAUCCCUUCCAUAUGAUCGGCAAAACACACGUUGUUUGUCUGAAAUUCUGGCGCUACAAAUCAUUGUCACAAAGUAGGAAACAUGGUCAUGGAUAAAGCUGCAUAUAUUUACUGUCUUUUUUUAAUGGAUAGACGAGAAUUUUGUACU